AUGCCAAACGUGAUUAUCACCGGCGCCACCCCUGGCAUAGGCCUGGCAAUAACGCACUACCUUGCCUCGUCCUCCUCCACCACUCCAGCAAAGAUUGCAAUGCUAGAUAUCAACUCCUCGGUUGGCCCGUUACUCGUUACUUCCCUGUCGACGCAGUACCCAGACACAGAAUUCUUUUUCCACGCCUGCGAUGUCUCCAGCUGGGAGGCACAGGCAUCAGUGUUUUCGUCCCUUUACGACGGUGAGUUUGGGGGUAGGGUCGACGUCGUGGUUGCGAACGCAGGCGUUUCAAAACGGGGGUUCACCAGCUUGUUGUUGAGCAGGACGUCGCACCCUCCGAAAAAGCCGGAUAUGAGGUGUUUGGAGGUCAACUUGUCGGUUGUGGUGUACUCGAUCAGACUCACGAUCUAUUACAUGGACCAAAAACCAUCAGAAGAGGGAGAUCGGGGGUUGAUACUCUGCACAGCAAGCAACGCAGGCCUCUACCCCCUCCCCACCGCACCCCUCUACGCAGCGUCCAAAUUCGGGGUCGUCGGCCUGAUUUGUGCGCUCGCGCCGGCGGUGUUAGAAACAAAUAUCGCGCCUAGGAAACUAUACGACGGUAUGGUCAUCACACCGAUGGAAACGCUCACCAAAGCGGUAGACAGGUUCGUCAAGGGUGGGAAGGAGGUCAAUGGGCAGGUGGUGGAGGUUCACGGGGGUGAUAUCACUGUCAGGGAGGCGCACGCGUUUGUGGAUGCGGAUACGGAGAGGAAUUUUGUGAGGUUUAGGGGGUUGGGGUGGGCGUAGGUAGAAAGAUAAUGAUCCCAGGGAUGGAAGAGAGAAAAUCAACGGUUGGACUUUGACUUUGCGUAUAGUUUUACGUCGUGAACACAUAGUUAAAGAAUACAAAGUAGAAUUAAGGGGGUAAAAUACAAUGAAAAAAUCCACU